AUGCUGGCCUUCGACGUUACAGCCGAGUGUGCGGACGGCUACUAUGGAACCGCCGACGUGAAGGCCUGUGGCCAUGCCGAUGAGCCCAUCUCACUGAUGGGCUGUCACAAGGUCCUGACUUGCCACAAGCCCAAGGGCCUCCUCGGCUACAAGCUGACGGAGCACAGCGUCUACAUCCACAACUUCGAUGUGGAGGUGAAAUGCUUGAAGGACUUCCACGGCAAGCCUGAGACCAAGGCCUGUGUGGCCGAUGGACAGGAGUAUGAUGUCUCCGGGUGUGACCCCGACAUGUGCCUGACGCCCGAUGACACCACGGGCUACACCUUGAAGGAGAGCUCCCUUGCGGUGCAUAGCUUCGGAGUGAUCACCGAAUGUGCCGACGGCUACAUCGGCACCCCGAAGGUGACCGUCUGUGCGGGCGACGGCAUCGCGUAUGGCUUAACCGGCUGUGAAGAAACAACUACCACUACUUCGACGACCACGACCACGACAAUCACCACAACCAGUACGACUACAACGACGACUACAACAACCACCUCGACCACCACAACAACUUCGACUACAACGAUUACCACAACCACCACUAUCACCACCACGACAACAACCACAAGCACAAUCACAACUACCACGACCACCACCAGCACCAGCACAUCGACCACUACCAUCACGUCAACCACGACCAUCACCUCAACCACCACUUCGACCACUACCAUCACAACAACCACCAUUACCACUACGUCUACCGUCACCACCACCACUACCACUUCAACUACCACAUCUACCACGACAACCUCCACAACCACGACCACGACCAGCACUAGCACAAGCACGACGACGACCACUACCAGCACAACCACAUCGACGACCACAACUACCACCUCCACCUCUACUUCAACCAUCACGACGACAACCAUCACCAGUACUACGACCACAACUUCGACGACCACUACAUCUACAACCACCAUCACGUCGACAACCACGACCACCACCAGCACUUCCACCACCACAACGACUACAAGCACGUCUACGAGCACCACCACCACCUCAACCACCACAAUCACCACGACGACCAUCACGACUACUUCGACCAUCACUAGCACCACAACCACCAGCACCACAACGUCGACCACCACCACCACUACCAGCACUUCAACAUCGACCACCACAACCUCAACGACAACCAUCACUACGACUACUAUCACCACCACAUCGACCACUACAUCCACCACGACUACCUCCACGACCACGUCGACCACAACUACCUCGACGACCACUACGACGAGCACCACGACCACCAGCACAACUACAACGACGUCGACGACAACGACCACUACUACGCCGGCAGUCGACAAGUAUGGCUCCAUCGUUAUCGACGGGAAGCUUUUCCACAAGUUCUGGUGGUACGUCAAGGAUACGGAGUGGCCAGAGGGCAAGACGGACGUCUUCGGGGACUGGUACGGCGCCUGCCAGCACCUGGAUGCCUUCUGCUUCGGGAAGCUGCCCGAGAUCGACUCGAACGGCUUGGAGUUGCUGGCCGUGGAUGACAUGGACAACCAGCUCCUGUGGACGUUCGACUCCAAGAACGAGGUGUCAAACGCUGUCUUCCAGGCGAUGAGGUAUGGCAAGGUCACCGCAAAGACCUCUGGCGAUGCAUGGACGCCCAAGGUCCUCAAGGGAUCGAUGACGACUCUCGCCCAGGACACCGUCAUGUACCGCGAGCAGGAUGGAAUUAAGUCUUUCCUUCUGGAUGACGAUGGAUGCGAUUGCCAUUCGACACUCUCCAUGGGCCACGCCAUGUGCGCAAACAGCUGCGACGACACCUACGGCAACUGCAAGAUCAAGGGUGGCGUGGACAAGCUUUCGGAUCGCCAGGAGACGGGGACCGCUGGAGCCGGGGCGCAGUGCACAGGACCUGCAGAAGACCACGGCCUGAUGUUGUACUACUACCACCCCACCGCGCACGUCGACGUGGACUCCGCCAAGGACUCUCAGAAGACCUAUGGUUCCAUCACUGUGGACGGCACGAAGUACGAGAAGUUUUGGUGGUUCUCCAGCGGUGCCGCGUGGCCAACGGGCAAGAAAGACGUCUUGGGCGACAGCUACGGCGACUGCAAGACCUCGGACGAGGUCUGCUUUCAGAAGCUCCCCGAGGUGGAAGAGAAGGGCUUGCUCCUGCUGGCUGUGGAUGACCAGGGCAAUCAGUUUGAGUGGAAGUUCGACAGCAGCAACGCAGUGGCGCACGCCGCUUUCAAGGCCUUCAGGUAUGGCACCACCACGCAGAAAGCCUCGGGUACGGAAUGGGCGCCCCGUGUGAUCAAGGGAAGCGUGACGAGUGCUGCCCAGGACACCCUCAUGUACCGGGAUCAAGAUGGCAUCCGGUCCUUCAUGCUGGACGAUGACGGAUGCGACUGCCAUUCGACACUGUCGAUGGGCCACUCGAUGUGCAACAGCGGCUGCAGCGACACCUAUGGCAACUGCAUGAUCACUGGUGGUGUGGACAAGCUCUCC